GGAGGAGUUUUCUUUUUUCGCGGGUGCAUGUUGUGCGUAUCAGCGCAACAUGUUUUGUCUGUAAAUUUUGUACGGCGGUGUAUUCAGGCCCUUGCCGCUAAAGCAAAAGCAUCGCACCACCGUUUUUAUAAAACAUCUCAGAUCUCUUUCUCUCUCUUUCUCUUUCUCUUAUCUUGUGAAAACAAUGGCCGAACCUACGGAUGCUAUUACGGUGAAGAACAACGAACCACCGGAAGAAGAAGAAAUCUCCGAUCAAUUUCUCUGCUGCGUUUGCCUGGAACUUCUUUACAAACCAGUUGUGUUAUCUUGUGGUCAUCUAUCAUGUUUCUGGUGUGUACAUAAGUCCAUGAAUGGCUUCCGCGAGUCUCAUUGUCCGAUUUGUAGGGAUCCGUAUGUUCACUUUCCUUCUGUGUGCCAGAAGCUUCAUUUCCUGUUAAAGAAGAUAUACCCACUCGCGCAUAAGAAGAGAGAAGAACAAGUUUUAAAGGAAGAACAAGAACAAGAUUGUUAUUCUCCGCAGAUUGAUGUUGUUUUGGAUAAGGCAAAUGCUAAUGAUGAGUCUGGAUGUAGCGGAGAUUCUCUAAAUGUCUCUGAUAAACAAAAGGUGGAAGAGUGCUCAAAUGCAAUGAAUAUAUGUGACAGUCCCUGUAUCCCCAGCAAUCAAAAACCCACCGAUGCACAAAGUCUUAAUGCUCGUGAGAAUGACUUACUCAAGAAUAACAGUGCCAGUAAGCAAACUUCAAAAGAUGAUUUGCUCUGUUCAGCGUGUAAGGAGCUGCUCGUGCGACCCGUAGUUCUCAAUUGUGGGCAUGUGUAUUGCGAAGGAUGUGUAGUAGAUAUGGCUGAAGAAAGCGAAAAGAUCAAAUGUCAUGAGUGUAAUGUUUGUGACCCUAGAGGAUUUCCAAAAGUUUGUUUGAUUCUUGAACAGCUUUUGGUAGAAAACUUUCCUGAUGAAUACAAUUCAAGGAGAAGUGGUGGGAUUCAGAAAACUCUUGCCCAUAAUAGCAAAGGAAAUUAUCAGAACUAUCUCAAGGAAGGCCCAUCCUUAUCAAACGAUAACAAUAGUGAUAUUCCUUGGUUGGCAAACCCUGGAUCUAAUGUUCACAUCGGAGCUGGUUGUGAUUCUUGCGGAGUGUUUCCAAUCAUAGGGGAUAGAUACAGAUGCAAAGACUGCAAGGAGGAAAUUGGGUAUGACCUUUGCAAAGAGUGUUACGAGACUCCUUUGAAAGUUCCAGGGAGAUUUAACCAGCAACACACUCCAGAUCACAGGCUUGAUCUGCAGGAGGCUCCUCGGCUGGCGAGGGAUCCUCAGUGGGCGGAUGUUCCUCAGCUUAUGAUCACUAUCAAUUCUAUUGCCUAUAUUCUCGGACCUUCGCUUAACUCAUUGGAAGGGGUGGAUACAGAUGAGGGCGAGGAAGGGCCACCUGGUUCUUCUAAUGAGUCAUCAAGCACAGAAUGAAUUUGUGUUUGCGUUUGUUAUUAAUAUUUAUUGUAUAUUGUCUAUGGUUUUUAACAUUUUAAACGAAGCUUAUUUCUUACGAGCGUAAAAAGAAAACAAACAACAUAAAAAAGAAAAC